UUCUAGAAUUUGGUAUAAAUGGAAGCACUCGCCUUCAGUCUCAUCGCAGUCUUUCUCCAUUAACAUGACAUUUAAGGUAUUUGCACUGGCCGCUCUUGUGGUCGUCGCUAUCGCUCGUCCUGAUAGCCCACCUAGAUAUGGCUACUCUGCUCCCACACCUUCUUACGCACCUGCCAAGUACGACUUCAACUACGCCGUUAACGACCAGCCAUCAGGCAACGACUUCGGACAUCAGGAAGCCCGUGAUGGAGACAACACACAGGGAUCCUACUACGUUCUUCUUCCUGAUGGUCGUCUGCAGAGGGUCACCUACAAUGUGAAUGGAGAUUCCGGUUACGUGGCUGAUGUUACCUACGAAGGAGAAGCUCGGUACCCCACCCCAAAGGCCUCCUAUGGUCCUCCUCAGCCUUCGUACAAGCCACCUACACCUUCCUAUGCUUAAGGAACGGUACCAAGAAUAUUUAUUGAACUCGUGUUUUUGUAAAUACUAGAUAUUAAACCAGCAAUCUUCA